AUGAGAGAAGGAAAUGGCUCAAGCGUGAAGGAAUUUAUCCUUCUGGGUUUCCCUGGAUCUUGUGAACUCCGCAUCUCUCUUUUUAUGGUUUUCUUCUUCAUGUAUUUCCUUACAAUCAUUGGAAAUGUAUCUAUCAUAGUUUUAGUGAAGAACUUUCAGAGGCUUCGUACACCCAUGUACUUCUUCCUCUGCAAUCUUUCAUUCCUGGAAAUAUGGUACACAUCAGCCUGUAUUCCUAAGAUGUUGUCCAUUCUUGUUGUUCAGAACCAAACUAUCUCAUCCAUAGGGUGCCUCACACAGAUGUACAUUGUUUUUUCCCUGGGAUGUACAGAAUAUUUCUUAUUGGCUGCCAUGGCUUAUGAUCGCUAUUUGGCCAUCUGUUACCCCUUACACUAUAAUAUCAUCAUGUCUAAAACUCUCUCUGUACAAAUGGCAUUUGGUUGUUGGACAUGUGGGUUCUUCAUUAUUUUGUUUCCAGCCUUCUUCAUAUCUCAAUUGUCUUUCUGUGACGCCAAUGUCAUCAACCAUUUCUUUUGUGACAUUGACCCUUGGAUAGUACUCUCUUGCACAAGCACUUACACAGUAGAAAUUGUCUGUCUUAUUCUUUUUGCAACUGUCAUUAUGGGAUCCUGCAUGAUUACCUUGAUUUCCUAUAUUUAUAUCAUUGCUACAAUCUUAAGGAUUGCAUCAGUUCAAGGACGUCAACGAGCUUUCUCCACUUGCUCUUCCCACCUCACAGUGGUGAUUAUAUGGUAUGGUGCUACCAUUUUCCUUCAUGUAAUACCUUCCAAACAGCAGUCGCAAGAACUGACAAAAAUAGUUACUUUAUUGAAUACAAUUGUCACCCCCUUGUUAAAUCCUUUCAUUUAUACACUCAGAAACACAGAAGUGCAAGAAGCAUUGAGAGCUGUAUUUAGGGCCUCAGUAACAACUUGUUACCCUCACAAUAAGGGUAGCAAGUGA